AACCAGGACUUCUCAAACAUUCUCAACCUUCUCAAUUCUCGCAUCUCCAAUACCUUCAGAGAAGCAAAAACUCAAAAAUCACAAACCAGCUCCCCUACAACCAUCUAGCAAUGGCAGAGAAGAACCAGAGCCAAUACCAACCACCCGAAUCGAACGGCUAUCGCCGGAACGAUCAAGAAUCGCUUCAUGCCAUGGAGGACGAGGAGGCCAAGCGCAAGAAGAGGAUGAAGUGGACGAUCGGCAUCAUCGCCUUCAUCAUCUUUCAGGUAGUCCAAGCUCUCUUCUUCGUCCUGGUCAUCAUGAAGUUCAAGUCCCCCAAGUUCAGGGUCGGCGACUUUGCCGUCCAGACCGUGACCGUCGGGACUCAGGCCUCACCUUCGUUCGACAUGAGCUUCGUUGCCCCGAUCCGAGUCAAGAACACCAACUGGGGUCCCUUCAAGUACGACACCUCCACCGUUUACUUCUCUUAUGGAGGUGUUCAGGUGGGACAAGCAAUCAUCCCCAAGAGCAAGGCCAACUUCAAGUCCACUAAGAAGAUCGACGUGGACGUGACUCUGAGCUCUGCUAAUUUGCCCAGCAGUAUAAAUUCGAGUCUUGGGAAUGAUCUGAGCUCUAGGGUCAUAACGUUGACCAGUCAAGGCGAGCUUCGAGGAAAGAUCACAGUCAUGUUCAUGUUCAAGAAGAAAAAGACCUCACAAAUGAAUUGCACCAUGGCGAUCAAUACCACAACAAAGGCUGUCCAAUCCCUGUCGUGUAAAUGAGCAUGCCGAGUGUGAUUCUCGGCGAUCGAUAGUUUGUGUGCUCGCUUCUAUGUUUUCUUUCCAUGAGUUUUUCAUGGAUUAAAUAGAGAAAUUUAUGUAUUUCUAUCUUAA